GUGAACCGGCAUCAUGUUCAAUGAACGCAAGAAAUUGGUACCACCGGAUGGCGGAUGGGGGUGGAUUGUCGUUAUCGGUGUUAGCGUCGUCAACCUCUGCACAAGAUCGAUCGAGCAAUCGUUUGGUCUGCUUUUCGGAGAUCUUCUCCGGGAGCUUAAUGUGGAGACCACAGGAGCAGCCAUCAUCAUGAGUACCCUGGACGCUCUCAUCAAUUUUUCUGGACUGCUGGUGGGGCCGUUGAUUCGUGCCUUCUCUUAUCGUAAAGUCUCUCUAUUUGGAACAGCUCUCUGCAGUCUGGGGUUAAUACUCACUUUUCCCGCCAAAAGUAUGCCACAUAUACUUGCAACAUACAGUAUUAUUAAUGGUUUAGGUGUUGGGUUAGCAUCCUCAUCAACAUUUGUUGCUUUAAGUAAUUACUUUGUCAACCGACGAGGACAAGCAAUUGGAUUUUCUCUGGCUGGUACUGCUCUUGGAAUGAUGCUUAUGCCACAAGCCAUACGGUACUUAUUGGAAUGGUAUAGUUUCAGGGGGGCUAUACUAGUACUGGGUGCAUUCGCAAUGAAUGGUAUUGCUGGAUCAUCAGUGCUUCAACCAGCCGAAUGGCAUUUCAUUCCUGAAAAAAAAGAUGAAGAGGCAGAGGGUGGAUACCAUCAGGAAAUGGAGACUAUAAAAGAAACUGAGGAUGAAGAUGUUGAGCUGCCUGAGGGACAAACCUUACUGACAAAAAUCAGUUCCGAGACGGCUAUCAAAAAUUUGGAUGAUCUUAGUAAAACAAGUGGACUCACUAGAAAAACGACUUUUCCCAGAAACUUCUCUACCUUGAGUUUCGCAGGAGGACAGAAAAAACGAAAAGUUUCAACGGAAUCUAUGGUAUCUAGCUAUUCUAGGCUCGACUUCACUGGUUCUAGCAUUCAGCUGCAGUUUGAUACAAAAGACUCCGACGAACCUAUACAAAUGUCAAAGCACAUGCGUAGAAACAUGAGUUAUCCUGGUGUUCAGUCUCACCCUAUAAAAAGCCUUCCUAUCACCCAACCAACAGAAAAAAAGAAACCGAAGAAAACGAUUUGGCAAAAAUUUGUGGAGUUUAUGGACCUAGAUCUCUUAAAGUGUCCAAUAUAUCUCAAUUUAGUUCUUGGGCUGUCCCUAGUGUACGUUGCUGAACAGAAUUUCAAAACGGUCCUUCCGUUCUUCUUCCAGAGCAUAGGGUAUGACAAGAAAGAUAUCGCUCUAUUUCUCUCAGUGCAGGCCUUUACUGAUAUCUUGGCCAGAUUGAUUCUACCUCCUAUUUGUGAUCGAGUAAAUGUUGCCAAGAGGACGCUUUUCAUGUUUGGAAUAUUUUCUUUGGCUAUAUGCAGAUCCGCACUUGCACAACAGACUGACUGGACAAUGAUUGUAAUCUGGUUGUUCAUUUGCGGAUUCGCUAGAGGUGCAACUCUUAUCAACUAUACGAUUACCAUUGCCGAGUACUCAUCGACUUACAGUACUCUGGAAAAGUUACCAGCCGCGUUUGGAUUGCACAUGGUCUGCAAGGGAUUAUUUGUGGUAGUGAUCGGUCCAUUGUUAGGUUACAUUCGUGAUGCGACACAAAGUUUUCCAAUUUGUCUCCACUCGCAGACCUUUCUCAUAAUACUCGGCUGUGCGGCUUGGUGGGUAGAGUAUCUAAUUGUGUAUUUAAGAAACAGAAAAAAAGCAUCUCCAAACACAAAUACCACAACAAGCACAUGACAAAUAGAUGAUGAUUCACUAACUGAAUUCACCAAUAAAGUAUUAAAUUAAAGAA